GCUGAGCUGAGGUAAGCGCGGGGCGAGGAGGCGCCAGCGCCAGACGAGAGACGGACCGGACCGAACCGAACGCCGCCGCAUCGCCGGGACCAGCCGCCGCCGCCGCAUCGACCCCGCUUCGAUGGCGGCUGCCAAGGAAGCUCAUGAGGAGCACGACACCUCCACUGAGAACGUGGACGACUCCAACCAUGAUCCGCAGUUUGAGCCCAUAGUGUCUCUUCCUGAGCAAGAGAUCAAGACCCUUGAAGAGGAUGAAGAAGAGCUCUUUAAGAUGCGAGCCAAGCUGUUCCGAUUUGCUUCUGAGAACGAUCUUCCGGAAUGGAAAGAACGAGGGACGGGAGAUGUGAAGCUGCUGAAACACAAGGAGAAAGGCACGAUUCGCCUCCUCAUGAGACGGGACAAAACCCUGAAGAUCUGUGCGAAUCACUAUAUAACACCAUUGAUGGAGCUGAAGCCCAACGCAGGCAGUGACAGGGCCUGGGUCUGGAACACACAUGCUGACUUCGCCGAUGAGAGUCCCAAACCUGAACUGCUGGCGAUCCGAUUCCUAAAUGCAGAAAAUGCCCAGAAGUUUAAGGCAAAAUUCGAGGAAUGCAGGAAUGAGAUAGAAGAGCGAGAGAAGAAAGCAGGAGCAGGCAAAGAAAGCAGCGAAAAAGUGGUGGAGAAGUUCUCGGAGCUGUCGGUGAAGGAGAAGGAGGUGAAGGAGGAGAAGGAAGGCGGCCAAGAGCCGGAGAGCACUGAGGGAGCUGCUCCUGAGAAGGAGCCCAAGGAGCCGGACGUGCUGCUGCAAUAAAUCAUCUCGCGGCCUCGCCUUCUUUUAUUUUCUUUCUUUUGGUUUCAUUUUGUUUUGUUUCGUUUUUUUUUUUUACAAGGGACUUUAUAUAAGAACUGAAUUCCAGCCUCCAGGUUGUUUUCUAAGCUUUUAUCCUUUCGAAGAUGUCUUCAGCAAACCCAUUCCCAGUCACAUGUACUGCGCUCAUAACAUUCUUUUCCAUAGUGGAAACUCUUAUUAUUUAUAGUCCAUCCAAAAGAGUGAAUAAAACAUUUGAAAGCUUCAUCCGA